AUGAAACCGGGAAACCGCACAUUUGGUGUCUCUGAAUUCCUCCUUCUGGGCCUUUCUGAGCAGCAGGGACAGCAGCCUCUCCUCUUUGGCAUCUUCCUGAGUAUGUACCUGGUCACCCUGGUGGGGAAUGUCGUCAUCAUCCUGGCCAUUGGAUCUGAUCCACACCUUUACACCCCCAUGUACUUUUUCCUGGCCAACUUCUCCCUCACUGACCUGUGCUUAUCAUCUACCACGGUCCCUAGGAUGCUGGUGAACAUCCUGGCCCGCAGGCAUACUAUCACCUAUGCUGCAUGCCUCUCUCAGAUCUACUUCUUCCUAUGGUUCAUUGGUCUCGAUGUUUUCCUCCUGGCAGUGAUGGCAUAUGACCGGCUUGUGGCUAUCUGCCAUCCUCUUCAAUACACCUUGGUCAUGAGUCCCAGAUGUUGUAUUCUGCUGGUGGCAAUGUCCCUAAUCCUCUCUCAUUCCUACUCUCUAACCCACACUGUUCUGCUGGCUCAAUUAUCCUUCUGUGCAGACAACAUCAUCCCUCAGUUCUUUUGUGAACUUCUCCCACUGUUGAAGCUCUCUUGUUCCAAUACUUAUGCCAACCAAUAUGUGCUAAUAUACUGGGGAGGGGCAUUAACCAUCUUGAUCCCCUUGCUAAUCAUCAUUUCUUACGUCCGCAUUGUGGCUGCCGUUGUGAGGGUCCCAUCGGCACGUGGGAAGUGGAAGGCCUUCUCCACCUGCGGCUCCCACCUCUCAGCAGUGUGCCUGUUCUAUGUGUCUGCCAUUGGGGUGUACUUCAUUCCGUCCACUGAUGGUUCUGCCAGCAAGGACAGGAUUGCAGCCGUGAUGUAUGCUGUGGUGGCCCCCAUGCUGAACCCAUUCAUCUACAGCCUGAGGAACAAAGACAUGAAGAGUGCCUUGGGGAGACUUCUGAGCUGA